UAUCACGUCACUUGUGUGUAAGACCCAGUGGAUAACAUUUUAUUAUUUUGUUGUUAGAAUUAAUAUAUAAUUUAUAAUUUAUACUUGAAAUAAAAUAAAAAUGGCGAGUCAAAAAGAAUUGGAUUACUGUUAUGACUUUGUUAUGAAACUGACCAUUGAAUCGGCGAAGAUAAUCAGAGAUGCGAUACAAGGUGGAAAAAAUAUUGAAACUAAAGCUGGUGACUGGGACUUAGUUACUGAGUACGACAAAAAAGUUGAACAAAUUUUGAUUGACGGCCUUGUUAAAGAAUUUCCUACACACAAAUUCAUAGGAGAAGAAACGGUAUCAAAAACAAACAUCCUUCCAGAAUUAACAGCCGCACCGACUUGGAUAAUCGACCCGAUUGACGGAACGACAAACUUCGUCCACGCAUUUCCCCACACCUGCAUAUCAAUAGCUCUCCUGGUGAAUCGGGAACCAGAAAUCGGGAUUGUUUACAACCCAGUUCUCGAGCAAAUGUUUACAGCGCGACGAGGACGCGGCGCUUAUCUAAACGGGAAGCCGAUCAAAAGUUCUGACGUCUUUGAAUUGCGACAGUCUCUGGUGUGCAUUGAAGCAUCAUACGCGACCAUAGAAGACAUCAGGGACAUAAUCCUCGGUCGGAUUGAGGCAUUUGUUACAAUAGCCCACGGAAUAAGAACUCUUGGAUCCGCAGCGUUGACACUUUGCCAUGUGGCGAUGGGGGCCGCAGAUGUUUAUCACACCGACAAUUUAAUGCCCUGGGACGUUGCUGCGGGUGUUCUGAUAAUUCGCGAAGCCGGCGGUCAUGUUAUCGAUACAUCUGGCGGAGAUUUCAAUAUUAUGAAGCCUAGAGUGCUGGCUAUGGGCAAUCGAAAACUUGCACCCGAGCUGGUCAAGCUUGUCAGACUUGCUGAUGUUAAGACUCACCGGCGACGCGUUAAUGAUAAAAAAUCUAGUGAAUAAUUUAUUAAGCUGUUUCAUUUAAUUGUUAAUUUUAUAUAAAUUUAUUAUUAUUGAUUGUUAAUAAUUGAUAAUUAUGACGGAGGUAUACAAAGAGAAUUAGCAUUAGCAACUCUGAUGUAUUUAUUCGCUUUGAAUAUAUCAUCAUAUCACAAUAA